UCUGCGAAAAUGGGCAAAAUGUUAGGAGUGUUGAUAGUCUUGAUGCUAGAACUGGUGAUGAGAAUUCAAGGACAAACAGUCAGUAUGACUAUUCUUAACAGUGCAAUUGCCAAAGGAGCAGUUUGUUUAGAUGGGAGCCCACCCGGUUACCAUUUCGACAAGGGUUUUGGAGAUGGAUCCGACAAUUGGUUACUUAUUUUUGAGGGAGGAGGAUGGUGUGAAAGCACGUCAGAAUGCCUAAUUCGAAAAAAUAUUUUUCGAGGAUCGACAAAUCUAAUGAAUAAAACUCUCCAAUUCAAAGGAAUUCUCAAUAAUCAGAAACUACUUAAUCCAGUUUUCUAUAAUUGGAACCGGGUCAAGAUCCGAUAUUGCGAUGGAGCGUCGUUUAUGGCUGAUGUUGAAGAAGUUGAUCCGGCGACUAAUCUUCACUUUAGAGGUGCAAGAGUUUUCGUCGCGAUCAUCGAAGAUUUAUUAGCGAAGGGGCUAAACAAAGCGCAUAAUGCACUUUUAGGCGGUUGCUCAGCUGGAGGAAUGUCAUCAAUAUUUAAAUGUGAUGAAUUUCGAAACCUUUUAUCUAAAAACACCAAAGUUAAAUGUUUAGCGGACGCUGGUUAUUUCAUUCACAGGAAAGACAUAGCUGGAAAAUCAUACAUUGAAACAAAAUUCAAUGGUGUGGUUCAAACUCAUAGAAUAGCAGGAAAUUUGCCUAAAACAUGUACUUCCAAACUUAGUCCUGGAUUGUGUUUUUUUCCUGAAAAUAUUGUUAAAGAUAUUCGAACGCCUUUAUUUAUUCUAAAUGCGGAGUACGAUGUAUGGCAGGUUCAUAAUAUUCUGAUACCAUCUUAUGCUGAUCCUAAACGUUCUUGGACUGAUUGUAAAAAUAACAUAGCCAAUUGUUCUCCUACUCAACUCAACACCUUGCAAGAAUUCAGGUCAGAUUUCAUUAAUGCAAUAGAAAAUGUGAAGAAAUCUGAGUACAAUGGGUUAUUCAUCAAUUCUUGCUUCGUCCAUUGCCAAACUGAAGUUCAAGAGAUAUGGACUGGUCCUAAUUCUUCUAAGCUUGCAGGGAAAGAGACAUUUGGGUUCUUAUUUACGGUAGAGAAGCUAAAGUCUUUGGAUUCUGUUAACCUAAAAAGAAGCUACAACAACCUUGAGAAAAAGCUGGAGAAUGACCACACUUUUGACAUUAACGAUGAUGAUUUAAUAAAGGAAUUGAGAUUAUUACAAAAACAUUUACCAAAUGAGCUUGAUUCAACCAGUGCAAUCUUAAAUUUCUUGAAAAGAGCUAAUUGUUAUCCUACUAGUUGUCUUGCAUAUAGAAUUAUGUUAACAGUUCCAGGGACAGUAGCAUCAGCUGAAAGAAGCCUUUCAAAGCUAAAAAUAUUGAAAUCUUACUUGCGUUUGACCAUGUCACAAGAAAGACUAAAUGCUUUGGCUUUGAUUUCUAUUGAACAUGAGAUUUUGGAAAAGUUUGACUAUGAUAGGUUAAUUGAUGAUUUUGCAUCUAAGAGUGCAAGAAGAUCAAUUUUCAGAAAAUAG